CGCGGGCGGCGCAGGGGGGUUCCGGCGGGGCCGGAUGCGCUGUGCUGCCGUCCCCACGUGUGGCCGCCCGGGUGGGGGAAGGCGGCGGAGAUGUCGGUGUCGGUGUCCGUGAGUAACCUGCCCAUGCGGCUGCUCCGCAGGAAGAUCCACAAGCGCAACCUGAAGCUGCGGCAGCGGAACCUGAAGCUGCGGGCGGCCGAGGGGGCAGUGCCUCCGCCAGACGAACCGGUGUCGCAGGGCCCCCCGGGGGAGGAGGAGGAGGAGGCGGCGGCCCCGGAGGUAGAAGCGGUGGCGGCUGGAGCGGGCGCGGAGGCUGCGGAUGCUGCCGGGCCCCGCGGAGGGGAGGAGAAGAAGAGGAAGAAGAAAAAGAGGAAAGCGGCGGCUAAGGUGGAAGAAGAUACAGAAACUAAAAAAGCAAAACCUGAAGAAGAUGCAUCUGUGGAGGUAGAAGAUGAAGAUAAGGAGGAUUCUGGAGAGAAAGAAGUGGAAGAGGAGGGGGAGGAGGAUGAAGUGCCCAGUUUACCACUAGGUGUAACAGGUGCUUUUGAAGACAAUUCUUUUACUUCCCUGGCUGGUGUUGUCAGUGAGAAUACACUGAAAGGCAUAAAUGAUAUGGGGUUUACACACAUGACCGAAAUUCAGCAUAAAAGUAUUAAGCCACUUCUGGAAGGCAGGGAUAUUUUAGCAGCUGCAAAAACGGGCAGUGGCAAAACACUUGCAUUUCUUAUUCCUGCAAUAGAGCUCAUCUACAAGUUAAAAUUCAUGCCUAGAAAUGGAACAGGUGUCAUUAUUCUUUCUCCUACUCGAGAGCUCGCUAUGCAAACCUAUGGAGUUCUUAAAGAACUUAUGAAUCAUCAUGUUCAUACAUAUGGUCUGAUAAUGGGAGGCAGUAACAGAUCAGCAGAAGCACAGAAACUUGGAAAUGGAAUCAACAUCAUUGUAGCAACACCAGGAAGACUGCUGGAUCAUAUGCAGAACACUCCGGGUUUCAUGUACAAGAACUUGCAGUGUUUGGUAAUUGAUGAGGCAGAUCGUAUCUUGGAGGUUGGAUUUGAAGAAGAAAUGAAACAGAUCAUAAAACUUCUACCAAAGCGCAGACAGACAAUGCUUUUUUCUGCUACACAAACCAGAAAGGUUGAAGAUCUGGCAAAGAUCUCUCUGAAGAAAGAGCCGCUAUACGUUGGGGUUGAUGAUAACAAGGAGACAGCAACAGUAGAUGGUCUUGAACAGGGGUAUGUAGUGUGUCCAUCUGAAAAAAGAUUCCUUUUGCUCUUCACAUUCCUCAAGAAGAACCGGAAGAAGAAACUAAUGGUAUUUUUUUCUUCAUGUAUGUCAGUGAAGUACCACUAUGAAUUACUCAACUAUAUUGAUCUGCCUGUUUUGGCCAUUCAUGGCAAGCAGAAACAAACCAAACGCACUACAACAUUUUUCCAGUUCUGUAAUGCAGAAUCUGGAAUACUGUUGUGCACCGAUGUCGCUGCCAGAGGAUUGGAUAUUCCCGAAGUUGACUGGAUUGUCCAGUAUGACCCUCCAGAUGACCCAAAAGAAUAUAUUCAUCGUGUUGGUAGAACAGCCAGAGGCAUAAAUGGUAGAGGACACGCUCUGCUCAUUUUAAGACCAGAAGAACUGGGCUUUCUUCGUUACCUAAAACAAGCCAGGGUACCCCUAAGUGAAUUUGAAUUUUCUUGGUCAAAAAUUUCAGACAUCCAGUCUCAGCUCGAAAAGCUGAUUGAGAAGAACUACUUCCUUCACAAGUCAGCCCAGGAAGCAUACAAAGCUUAUAUUAGAGCUUAUGACUCCCAUUCUCUGAAGCAGAUCUACAAUGUCAAUAACUUGGAUCUUCCCAAAGUCAGCCUGUCGUUUGGUUUUAAAGUUCCUCCAUUUGUUGACCUCAAUGUGAACAGCAACCAUGGCAGAAGACUCCAGAAAAGAGGUGGAGGUGGAGGAUUCGGUUACCAGAAAUCAAAGAAUGUCCACAAAGCUAAAAUCUUCAAACACAUUAGCAAGAAAUCAGACAGUCGGCAGUUUUCUCGUUAAUCAUAUGUUCAUUAAAAUGGCCCGUGGCAUUGGAAUAGACUACCUUGAUCAAAACCGUCUGGCAGUUACUUCCAAUUUAAACUUCUCUAUUCACAUUUUAGGAGUCUUUAUGGUUUUGUUUCUGGGAACAUCUUUCAUCUUUCAGUUCAAGAAGACCCUUUGGAAGGGACACUAAAGAUGGAAAGGGAGAAUAUGGCUAGCUAAUUUUACCCUACUUGUUGUAAGGAAGAAGAUAGUUGAAUCUUAAGUCAAUACUACAGAGUUUUUUAUUAAAGAAAAAAUAGUUCUAGGUUUUAUAGAAGAAUUUGCUUUACAUUUACCCUUUUUUCUAUGUAAACCUCUGAAAAUUGUUGGACAGAUUACAGUGUGAGAUUAAAAAAACCAAACUUGCUCAGAUGAAUCAUUGCAAGGGUUUUUAGUGCUACAGAACUGCUUUGUCCAUCAAAUAUGCUGAAGAAUAUAGGAAGAUUCCUUUAGAACAGAACAUACCUAUGAAUAGUUAAGGCUGUAUGAGCUUGUGAUUAAUUUCAGUUGUAUCUGUAUAACAAGUACAGUGUCCAAGAUUUAAGAAAAAAAAAAUCUUAUACCACAUCUGGGACAUUCUUAAUACUGUUUCUUUUAAUGUUGUGAUAAAAUGGUAACAUUCUAG